AUGCUGUGCGAAACUUUACGUGUGAUUUCGUUAACCACACUGUUUCUUCUUGCGGGGUCGCCUGUCGGUGCCGCUGUAAUCAGCACUCGCCAGACAAACUCUAGCUGCAGAGCUGUACUCGGUGAUAGUAACUGGCCAAGCCAAGAUGUUUGGACUCAACUGAACCAAACUGUUAGUGGGCGUUUGAUAGCCACAAUCCCCCAAGCAGCCGUCUGCCAUCGUGAGGGUUAUGGAGGAGUACAGUACGAUGAGGCCGCAUGUGCUGCUCUAGCAAAGGUAUGGGACUUUCCCAAGACAUAGUAAGUACUUAAGCAAGUUUGUGCUGCCUUAACUCAUGACUGACCUUUAAACAGCACGCCUUUCUCAGGAGAGAUUAUGAACCCAUACUAUCAAAAUGCAUCGUGUAAUCCCUACUAUAGCAUAAAUGGAACAUGCGAACUUGGCAACUACGUUAGCUACGCGAUCUCAGUUAGUGGAGUUGAGGACGUCGUAGCCGGCAUCAAGUUUUCCCAGGAGAACAAUGUGAGAUUAGUUAUCAAGAAUACUGGCCAUGAGUAAGUCUCAAAUGCUCCUCACCCUUUGUCAAGAACAGCAAGCGAUAGCAUGUCUGUCCCUGUACGAAGGACCUUAACUCUCCAUGAACAAUCCAGUAACAAGAGUUCUUUUGGUAAUAAUGCUAAUUGCGAGUGCUUCAGUUUUCUCGGAAAGUCUACCGGCAAAGGGGGUCUUUCUCUGUGGACUCGCAACUUACAAGACAUGGAGAUUAUCCCUACCUACAACAGCAGCUCAUACACAGGACCAGCGAUCAAGAUUGGAGCAGGUCGUUCUGGCGGAGACGCUCUUUUACUCGCCCAUGACAACGGAUAUCGCCUCGUCACAGGAGACUGUCCAACUGUGGGCAUAGCAGGUGGCUAUGCCUCAGGAGGUGGCCAUGGAUAUCUGAAUGGCGCCUAUGGUAUGGCCGCCGAUAAUGUGUUGGAGUGGGAGGUUGUCACUGCAGACGGUCAACAUCUGAUCGCUACUCCAACUGAAAAUGCAGAUUUGUACUGGGCACUGAGUGGUGGAGGAGCUGGUACAUAUGCUGUUGUUCUCAGCAUGACAACCAAGAUCUAUCCUGAUGAUGGUCCUAUUGGAGCUGCGACUCUCAGUUUCAACGCCAGUUCUACGUCCUCUGCCAGUGCGGAGAUCUAUGCGGCAGGUCUCCAAGCUUGGUGGGAAUUCCUUCCUUCAAUCAUCGACACGGGCGCUACUCCAGCGUUCAACUUCAUAAACGGCCAGUUCCUGGUCUUCAACACCACUGCUCCAGGCAAGACCGCUGAUGAUAUGGCUCUUAUUUAUGAGCCAUACCUGGCAAAAUUACGAAGCUUGAACAUCAACUUCCAAUUCGCGACCUAUGCUGCGCCAUCUUUCUUCGGUCACUACCAGGUCGCCAAUGGUCCCCUUCCUGAUGGUCCUUACGUCUCUAGCAUGCUUUUCAACAGUAGACUCAUCCCUCGAGUUAUCUCCGAGAGUAGUGAGAGAUCCAGGAACCUAACAACCGCCCUGAUAACAGCCAUGGACACCGACCCGGCAGCAAACUGGCAAUUCGGCUGUAUGGGAUUGAACGUGAACUCCACGCGGAUCCAAUACCCAGACAAUUCAGUCAUUUCAUACUGGCGCGAGGCAGUCGCCGUCUGCCUUGACUUCUCGAUCUACGAUUGGACGAUUCCUGAGCCUGCAAUGCUUGAACGGAGGCAGGAUUUAGCGAGUGUUGUGCAUCCACUUAUUGAGGCUGAGACGCAAGAGUCUGGCGCGUAUUUGAAUGAAGCCGACCCGCUGGUGUAUCCCAAGGAUAAUCCGGGAAAGUGGCAGAGUGCUUUUUAUGGUACAAAUUACCAGAGGUUGAGGGAGAUCAAGGACAAGUAUGACCCGACGUCUGUGUUUUAUGCUUAUACCGCUGUUGGAUCGGAGGAUUGGGUCGAAGAUGGGGAGGGAAGGCUUUGUAGAGCGUAA